AUGAUUGAACAACGUAUUCAUAAUAAUGAAACGCAUAGAAUACUUAUUUAUACAGACUUAGCUCAAGGUACUGAAGUAACACAAAUUUAUACAAUAACUUCUAAAGAUACUGUGAAAGAUGUUAUUAAACAAAUAUUGGCUAGAAAUCAUUUAAGCUUAAAAGAUCCAAAUUUAUUUUAUCUAACCUAUAGACGUCAAACAAAUAACGAUCAUCAUCAUAAUAAUAAACAUAUCAAAUCUAAGCAACAAGGAUUUCAUAGUAAUUUAUAUGAAGCAAUGGAAGUCAACACAUUCAAUACAUCAGGUAUUUGGCCAUUAAAUCAAAAUUCAAAAGAUAUUGAUGUCACAUUAUACAGUGAUGCAAUUUUAUCCAGAACAUUAGAUUUAACCAAAGAUAACAGGUUAACUCUUCAUAUGCAAACUGGUGGAGUUUUGAAAAUCUAUGAUAGCUGUUUCUCAAAUCCCGCUUCAAUUCGACAAUUUCAUAUUGCAAAGACAACAUGCAGUGAAGAGUUGAUUGAUUUAAUAUUGACUGUUACUUGUUCAAGUGAUCCAGUCACAGAUUAUUGUCUUGUAGAAGAGGGUAUAAAUGAAGAAGGUAGAAUACUACGUCCUAAAGAUUAUCCUUUAUUGAUUGCUCAAAAUAGUCAAUCAUUAGGUGUAUUAGUUUUACGUAAGAAACAAGAUGCUUUAUUAAUGAAUAAACGACGUUCAGCUUGGAUGAAUAAAACCAAACCAUAUUUUCGACGUUCAAUACGUGAUAAAAGUUCACGUACACCAUCACCAGUGAAACAGACACUUACACAACGCUUAAAUCCUUUUCCGUGUAUUUUCAAAGGAUUAUCGAGAAGUCGAAUACUUGAAAAUAUUUCUUGUGAAACACUUCCAUCAUUUGAUAAAACUGAAUUCAUUGAAUCUGAAUGUCAGAAAAAUCAAGUAAAUGGUAAUGAAUUUAUAGACGAUAAACGUUCCCGACCAAAUUCAGGAAAGCCAUUAUCAUUUAGAUAUAUGAAUGAUUUAGACAGUGAAGAUAAAUUUGAAAUUUUCAGUCCAUCAAAUAAUAAUAAUGGUUUUGAUCAUUUAGGAUAUAAUAAUCAAACGUUACCGUUGUACAAUAGACCAUAUACUAUUCGUUCUACGUCAAAUAAUGAUCAUAUUGCUUCAGAAUGGUCAUUAGCACCAUCUGAAACACAUCAUAUUAUGAAAGUCACUUCAACUACUCCACCCUUACCACCGAAAUCAACAAAUUCUCGAGGAAGAUAUUAUAAUGGAAUACAACAUAAGCAGUAUAAUUUUUAUCAUCCAUGUUUUUAUGAAAAACAAUCAAAUGAACCACAUCAUCAAAAUCCAUCGGUUACAGAAGCUAAUAAAAUUUGUAAACCAGAAAGGAGUGCAUCACCUAUUUUAGCUUUCGAUGCAAACCGUAUAUGUGAAAGUAGACAAAGUGCAGUUAGAUUUCAAGAAAAUACAAACACUUCUGGUAUAUGGACAAAAGAAAAUGAAUGUUCUCUGGAAGACACUACAAGCACAGCACAAACUAAUGGGUAUAAACCUAAAGUAUUUAUUGACAGAGCUCAAUCCAGUGAUUCUGUACAAACGUUCACUCCAGCUGAUUGGGAUGAUAAGACGACAAGUCAUGAGAAAGUAACAGAUUCGGCAAAUGUAGGUACAACGUAUGAUAAUGGUUGUAGCAAUACAAUCACCGAAUAUGAUGUGCCUCCUGACAAUGGGGUUGACUGGAAGCACUCUAUUCCAUUACCUAUUCUACCACCAAGUGACAUAAAUUCAACACAGACCAGUGAAAAGAAGCCACAGAUUCAACAAAAGAAAAAUCAAAGAGGAGAUAGAUCAGAAGAAAAUAAACACGGACAUGAUAUUCAAGCACAUAUCGAUUUCUGUACAAAAACUAAUGGUGAUUAUGAUGAAUCGCUCAAUGGUUUUCUUCCUCCUAUGAAAUCUGAUUUAGAUCAAAUGAAAUUACAAAAUUCUUAUACUCAAGUGAACAUACCGCCUAAAUUAACUUUAAAUAGUUAUAUUACUAACAAUUCACUUAAAUUACGAGGAAUGACAAGUUUCGAAACAAUUACUACAAGUCAAAGUUGUGAAGAUUUUAGCCUUUAUAGACAUCAAAUCAUGUCGAAUGGUCAGAAUAAUUUACAAAAUGAAAGUUAUAGUUCAACAUCUCAUUUAAGUGUUCCAACACCUUUUCACGAUUCAGAUGUGAGUGUUUCAAUGGUAUCCAAAGAAAAUAUGCUUACAUUAGCUACUGAAUUGCCAAUACAAUCAAAUGAAUUUAAACAGUAUGAAACUCAUUUAGACUUUUCACCGAAUACAUCCGUGCAUAAUAAUCAUAGUAAUGAUAGUAACAAUAAUAUUAUUAGUAAUAAUAAUAAUAAAUCGUCAACUUUGUUUCAGCAGCACCCAGCUUCACAAGUACACAAAUUAUUCACCUAUAAUUUUGAAGCUAUAGGUAAUCGUGUUAAUAGUCAGUCCUCUUUGGAACUUACCAGUGUAGAAAAUGGAAAAAAGGCAACUUUAAACAACUCAACACAUUUAAAGCAUAAGAAAAAAUCAUCGCAUUCAAAGAAACAUGAUAGAGCAAGUAUACUUGUACAUGGUUGUAAAAAAACAAAUGCUUCAUCUUCAGAUAUAGGAACUGUUGAGUCUUAUCCUUCAUUAUUCGAUGUAUUACAUCAUUGUGAUAUAUACCGAGUUAUAUUAGAUCCAAAUCUCCCAAGUCUAAGUGAUCAACUUGGUUUACGUCUAUGUUUAACUAAAUUUCCAUUGGACGAUGUACAAAGGGCUGAUACUCUACAAAAGUUGCAAAAUAAUCAAAUAUUUGACAUAAAAAGCUCAGAUGGAAGUGUUGAGACGAUGAACUCUAUGAAUAGUCUAAAAGGUCCAAAACCACAUAUUGGAUCUCGCAAUAAUGGUACUUUUAAACCAAUAGAGAUGAAACACUCAAAUAUGGCCUUUGAUGUAGUGACUAUUGAAAGUAUUGAACCCGAUUCACCAGCAAGUUUUGAAGGUAGUUUAGCUCCUGGUCAUAUAAUUUUAGAAGUUGAUGGUAAAGAUUUGCUUCAUCCAAAAUGUCUGAAAGAUGGAUAUGGAAAUAAAUUGAAUAUUCUUACUAUUGCACAAAAUCAACUUCGAGCUGCACGUCAAGCGGCUUUAAAUGGUGAAAUUCCACCAAUACGUAUAACGGCAGCACAAUAUCAUAAUAAUUUUGGUUUGGCUAACACAGUAAGUAAUCUGGAACGUAUUAGUUUAUCUGUUCGUCAUAAAAAUGGAUUAAAUGGAAAUAUGCACAUAUCUACAAAUCAUACUACAUUUGAUAAGCUACAAAGGAGUAAUGGUGUUGUACGUGAAAAUAAUCAACAAUAUGAUACAGAUUUUGAUCAAAUGAAUGAAACUAGUCAAUCAUUUAAAACAUCAGAUCCAAGUGAAAUUUAUAGUAAAUGUAAUUCAGAAUUAACUAAUUCUGGUGAAGAUUUAAUUGAAACAUUAAAAAAUCAAUUAAUUUGGUUUUCACGUAAUCAACAAAUGAAUUCAUGUCAAUCACCAUUUGAUCCAAGAUGUUAA